CUAAGUGUGGAAGAGACGGCGCUGGAACCCAUGGACACCGCGUAUCCCCGCGAGGACCCCCGGGCCCCCACGCCCAGCAAGGCCGGUGCCCACACAGCCCUCACACUGGGGGCCCCGCACCCCCCACCUCGAGACCACCUGAUCUGGUCAGUGUUCAGCACCCUCUAUCUGAACCUGUGCUGCCUUGGUUUCCUGGCGCUGGCCUACUCCAUCAAGGCCCGAGAUCAGAAGGUGGUUGGUGACCUGGAAGCGGCCCGGCGUUUUGGCUCCAAGGCCAAGUGCUACAACAUCCUGGCCGCAAUGUGGACGCUGGUGCCGCCCCUGCUGCUCCUGGGGCUGGUGGUGACUGGUGCCCUGCACCUGGCCCGGCUGGCCAAGGACUCUGCCGCCUUCUUCAGCACCAAAUUUGACGAUGGGGACUAUGACUGACAGGCUGGGUCCUGAUCUGGGGCCCCCAGCCCCAGGACACUGACCCCAGGCUGCUGCCCCGGGGCUCAAUACUGACUCCCCGGAGCCUGGCCCUCCUUCUGUGGGGCCUCCAUCCCUGCCCCAUCCUGAGCCUGGGGCCCUCCAGCCCCAACAUGGGCACCUAACGCUGACCCAGUCAGACCCCAGGGUCCUCACCCUAACCUGAGGGUUCCCGGGCCCUAACUCUGCCCCCAGCCCUGCCCCUCCCUCCUCACACUCCAGGCCCCUCGGUUCCACGAUUAAAAGUGCCUGGUUCCAGAAA